AUGCAACAACAAUCGGCCACAAGUUUGACGCAUAAAGUAUUUGCUGCCAUUGCGGUGCCUUUGGAUUUACCACAUCGUAAUGUUUUUGUUUCCUAUAAUUUCGAAGCAAAUUACAAUUUACCAGAGACUUGGAAUAUACCACCAUAUGCGGUAGGCGUUGAGGAGGAAGAUCUCUUUGAAGAUGCAGCCAGAUACAACAAUGGCAAAGACUGUGCCAACUGUACGUCGACAUCCUCAGAAGAAGGUACCGUAGAGGAUGUAGAGGAAAAUGAAGAAGAGUAUGAGGAUAGUACGACAACAACAGCGCCCUCAGGAAAUGAAACGGAUACUAGUAGCAGAAGAAAAAGACGAAGGAGACGCAGAGAAAUACCCUCACUAUUGACUAGGACACAUUUCUAUCACAUUUUAAUUGAUAAAUUUGAGAGAAGUGGCUUUGAGGGUGAACCCUGUUUGCUGCGUUUAAUUUGUGAAACAAAUGCUUCGGAAUUGGGUGAAAUCAAUGGUGUAUUGGGCAAUUUAAUACACAUUUUGUUUUCCCCUACUACCUCCAAAAAUGAAAAUUUACCUUUGGCCUAUUAUCAAGCUGAAAUAGAUGGCCUGCACGAUCACUGCCAUCAUUACGAGGAAGUGUGUUCGGAAAGUAUAUUGGACUUGAUAUCAACACCCAUACAUGAAUUUAUUGAACAAAUGCAUAACUUGGGAAAAUGAAAUGGAAUGUUUGGAUAAAAUAAAAAAUUUUAAGAAAAUAAA